AUGAAUUGCCUCUUACUACGCGACAGUAGGAAUAGUCAUCGUGCUGUCGUGCUGUCCUCAUUCUCAACAAACUCUGCUUUUGAAGCUUGUAUCGAAAAGGAGUAUAAGCAGAGAGAGUGGUGGUCUCUCUUGAAAGAUCAUGUCAGCACUCUUUCACUUCCAAUCGCUGUUGCUGGUGAUUCUACUAAUGAUUUGCACAUUGUCUUUGGAUUGUUCUGGAAGGCUGCACGAAUAGGGGAACGUAUGAGUCCGUAUGUCUCCUUAUGCUGUAUAUUAAUGGCCAUCACUCUCAUUGUCAAUUAA